AUUCCCUGUGACCCAAUUGAACUUAUGGCAUUGUGGAGGAGUGGUGGACGUGUUGAAAUGGAGCUGGGCUGCCACAACUCGGGCUCGAGUCCCGCUGGAGGUGCUGAUGCGAGAAAUUCAGGCGAGGUAGAAACUGCAAUCGACUUCGGCCUUAAGAAAAAUAGCUUUUACAAAAGCAAUUGUUUGCGAUAUCCAGUGGAAACUUAUGGUAUACUCAAAUGA